AUGGAGAAACCAACCUCAUCAGACCACGAUUCCACCUCCCAAGGCGAAACCCCAAAAAUCUCAGGACACGACCUUCACGAAACCGCUGCGAGGGGACAUUUAGCUACCGAUCAAUAUGGCCACGCCCUCAUAACCUUUGAUCCCAAAGCCGAAACGCGACUUCGAAGAAAAAUCGAUGUGUACAUUGUGCCCACGGUAGCACUGCUUUAUCUGUUUUGUUUUAUUGAUCGGGCGAAUAUUGGGAAUGCGAGACUCGCUGGUCUGGAAAGAGAUUUGAAGCUUGAAGGAUAUGAUUAUAAUGCCGUGCUCUCGGUGUUUUAUAUUUCGUAUAUUGUGUUUGAGAUUCCCUCGAAUAUCAUGUGUAAAUGGGUCGGACCAGGCUGGUUUAUCCCUACCAUCUCCCUCAUGUUUGGGAUCUGCUCGGUAGCGUGCGCGUUCGUGCACACCUACUCGCAAGUCUGCGGAGUGAGGUUUCUGCUAGGGAUGUUUGAAGCCGGCAUGCUUCCUGGAAUCGCAUACUACCUCUCACGAUGGUAUCGACGCAGCGAACUCACCUUCCGCCUCGCAUUAUACGUCGUUAUGGCUCCACUCGCAGGCGCAUUCGGCGGACUCCUCGCAUCCGGCAUCCUCUCGCUCGACCACUUCGGCAGCCUGCACAGCUGGCGUAUGAUUUUCGGCAUCGAAGGUGUCAUCACCAUCGGCCUCGCCCUCAUCGCCUUCUUCACCCUCACCGACCGUCCCGAAACCGCUCGUUGGCUAUCGGCAGAAGAGAAAGAGCUAGCGAUUGCAAGAGUCAAAUCAGAACGUGUAGCCACAACCGACGUCCUCGACCACAUCGACAACAAGAAAAUCUUCGCCGGGAUUUUCAACCCCGUCACUCUGACCACCGCCUUCAUCUUCCUCCUCGACAACAUCACAGUCCAAGGCCUCGCCUUCUUCGCCCCCACCAUCGUCCGCACAAUCUACCCCCACCAAUCCGUCGUCCACCAACAACUCCGCACCGUGCCCCCCUACGUCGUCGGAGCCUUCUCCACCCUCGUCGUCCCCUACAUCUCGUACAAAAUCGACCGCCGAACCAUCUUCAUGAUCGGAUCCGCCCCUCUCAUGAUGGCCGGCUACAUCAUGUUCCUCGCCAGCACCGAAGCCCGCGUCCGCUACGGCGCAACCUUCAUCAUCACCACGGGCGCCUUCACCUUCGGCUCCCUCUGCAACGCCCAAGUCUCCGCGAACGUCAUCUCCGACACCGCUCGUUCGUCGGCGAUCGGGACGAAUGUCAUGCUCGGAAACGUGGGCGGCUUGAUCGCCACGUGGAGUUUCCUGCCGACUGAUGCUCCCGAUUAUCAUAUUGGGAAUGGUCUGAAUUUGGGGACGAGUUCGACGAUUCUGUGUGUGACGGUUGCGCUUUUCUUUUGGGUCGCUUUUGAUAAUCGGAAGAGGGAGGGGAAGGAUGUGGAUGCGGAGUUGGCGGGGUUGCAGCAGAAGGAGAUUGAGGAUUUGGAUUGGAGGCAUCCGGCUUUUAGGUGGAGGCGUUGA